CUAAAACCCUUACCCUAGCCCCUCCGAGUCUGUCCUGGGUCCUCUGAAGUCUGAACCAGAAGAGAAAGAAGGAAACUCGUUCAUGGCUUCCAAACUUCGUUUCUCAAAUCUUCUCAAAUUUCUCUCACAUCGUUCUGAAACGGUUUCAACAUUUCCUAUAGUGCACCAUUUUAGCUCGAUUCGGGAUACACCCAUAAGAGGAGAAAUAAGAAGCAAUGCAUCACAGGAUCCCUUCUUCAGUAAACUCGAAUCUGGUUAUGGUCAAGAUGGAAAAGAUGAAGAAAGAAGUAAUAGAACUUAUCAGAACCCCCCCAACCCGAUACCCAACAGACCCAUGAGAGGAGAGAAACGACGAGAGCCAUCUGAAUAUCAUUUCAAUGGAAAAUUCAAGCUUGGAGACGACGAAGAUGAUGAGAAAAUGAGAAAACCUGACCAAAUACGGCAAACUCAUUUUGGAUCCAGUAGAGAGGGAAAGAGAGAAGGUAGGUUCAACGGUGAUACUUUUGCCCGCAAAUUCGACUUUGGUUCGGACAUCGUCGACGAGAGGACUUCGGAGUCGCAGCAAAGUCCUUCAGUGCAGUUUCCUAAUAGACCCAUGAAGGGAGAGAAGAGAGGGAGUCCAUUGGACGAGAGUUUCCUCGAAAAAUUGAGGCUUUGCGAAGAGAAGAAAAAGAAUACAAACGAAACUUCUCCCACCCAAGUUACAGAAACCGAUGUCAAAGCAGAACCAGAUUCGACGCCACAAGAUGCCGACGAAAUUUUCAGGAAAAUGAAGGAAACGGGUCUCAUCCCGAAUGCUGUGGCAAUGCUUGAUGGCCUCUGCAAGGAUGGGCUGGUCCAAGAAGCCAUGAAGCUGUUUGGGUUAAUGCGCGAGAAGGGUACGUUCCCGGAAGUUGUAAUCUACACGGCUGUAGUUGAGGGCUUCUGUAAGGCUGAGAAACUUGAUGAUGCCAAGAGGAUUUUUAGAAAGAUGCAGAAUAAUGGGAUUUCACCGAAUGCGUUCAGUUACACAGUCUUCAUUCAGGGAUUGUACAAAGGGAAGAGAUUGGAGGACGCCAUAGACAUCUGCGUUGAGAUGUUGGAGGCCGGUCAUUCCCCAAAUGUGACAACCUUUACAGGCCUGGUUGACGCGAUUUGUAGGGACAAGGGUGUGGAAGAAGCGAAGAGCACCAUUGAGAGAUUAAGGGAGAAGGGAUACUUUGUCGAUGAGAAGGCUAUCAGAGAAUAUUUGGACAAGAAGGGGCCGUUCUCACCAUUAAUUUGGGAAGCUGUAUUUGGGAAGAAAAAUUCAAAACUAUCAUUCUAAAUUCUAUAUAUGCAGAGUUAUUAACCGAAAACUUUUCAGCUCUGAUGGUUCUUUACUAGUAUCUCAUUUGGCAAGUUUAUCUUCUUUUGGGAAGGGUAAGUUUGUCUUAAUGUUUAUUAUGACUACCUCUUUAUCUUACAAUUUAAACUAUUGUGACGUCUGUAUGUAUACAUGGAGUGAUUAGUAUUCUUCUGUUUGUUGAAUGUUUCCCUGUUUACUGACAGUUGUGAGUUUUGUGACAUUAAUGAUGAUCAUCAAAAGCCUUAAGCUGAAUAACUGGAGGGUCUGAGAAAUUACAUGAUUCCAUAGCCCUAUAUCUGGUGUAAUUCCUCUGCUAGCUUUAUGUAUUUCGGCUCACUUUGCUUUAUAUUCAAUAGAGAAGGUUCUGAUUGUAAUUCCUCUGCUAGCUUUACAAUAAAAAAAAAAAAAAUAGAGAAUGCUCUUAUUUUUUGAGAACACUGGUAUUUAUCAUCACCUUGUUUCAGGAGUCCUGGUGGUCCAGUGAGUAAUCCUUGCAAAUUAUUGGGAAAAUAUUGUUUUAUCAUC